GCAAACCAAUAUUAUGCUAGCGAAUUGUCAUCAACAUACCCGAAUAGUAAAUAUCGGAUGAUAGACUCUUAUUUGUGUUUCUUCACUACAGGUUUUCUUAUACUAAUAAAAAUAAAGUGCUAUUGUACACUUACUGUCAUAAGGUUAGCGUGACAGUACACGUAAUACCCUCAAAUUGUGGGCUACGUGUCUUCUACAACUGGACUGUUAGCGAGUAAGCUAACUGGAGACUUUUGAUGUUAGUUUGGGUCCUGACAGGACGGGAACGAAAUGUCCUGUGGCUUGUUGGAAUUUUGUCGUCUCCAAGACCUCAAGAAGGUCAGGGACUAUUUGUUCCACGAUCAAACUGGGCCAGUACGGGAGAAGAAUCAAACAGAAAAUGAGUUGUCAUGGGACACUUCUGAUUGGGAGUCAGCAUGGGAAGGUGACAACAGCAAAGAGCAAGAAGCCUCAUCGGUGGAGGAGCCAACAGAGUUAAGUGGACUUUGGCUGCAAGACUGCAUUGUGUCUCUGUCACCCUGUUCAGAUCUACUGGUGGUGGCCCAUGAACAAAAGGCUGUCUUUCUAUCAGCCAAGUGGCGAACAGAUAGUGGUGGCAAAGAUGAGAUUACCUUGGAUGUGUCUUGGAGUGGAACGCUCAGCACUGAUGACGGUGAGUGUGUGAGCAGCGCCAUCAGUAUACCACUGGCGAGUCAGAAAAGGAGCUCCACAGGACGGCCUGACUGGACAUGUGUUGUUGUGGGUUUCACUUCUGGCACUGUCCGCUUUUAUACUGAGAAUGGGGUUCUUCUUCUGGCCCAGCUGCUUCAUGAGGACCCAGUUCUAAGGCUGAAGUGUCGCACAUAUGAGGUUCCUCGCCAUCCUGCUGUAACUGAACAGCAUGAAGAGUUGAGCAUCCUGUAUCCUGCUGCUCUGGUUACCAUAGAUGGCUUCAGCCUCUUUCAGUCUCUGCGUGCUUGCCGUAAUCAGGUGGCAAGAGCUGCAGCUGCAGGUAGCGAUGUGGUUCAGCCGCCUCCUCUGGCCUAUAAGAAGUGGGGUCUGCAAGACAUGGACACUAUUGUAGACCACUGUAGUGUGGGUGUCAUGACACUGAAUGUGUUUGAUCAGAUGAAGAAUGCCUCUAUUUUGGGGGGGUUCAAAGCUUCAGUCAAAGGCAGCCCCCCUGCCAUGAGCCAGUACGUCACCGUAGGAGGCGGCCCGUACACUGGUUUUUACUAUGCAGUCGAGGGAAGCUCCCAACCUCUUCUUUCUCACGUGGCGCUCGCCGUGGCCAGUAAACUUACAUCAGCACUCUUUAGUGCAGCCAGUGGUUGGCUAGGAUGGAGCAGGAAUAAGACUGAAGAUGACACUGUCCAGAAACACAGGCCCAAGGUGGAACCUGCAACACCCUUGGGGAUCAGGUUUGGUCUCCCAGAUUCUCGUCGUCAUGGUGAAUCCAUUUGCCUGUCCCCUUGCAACACGCUGGCUGGAGUGACUGAUGACUUUGGUCGAGUUACAUUGCUGGACUUGACCCGUGGGAUUGCCAUUCGCAUGUGGAAAGGUUACAGAGAUGCCCAGCUGGGUUGGCUGCAUGUUCCAGAGGAGCGAAUCAGUCGGGAUAGCUCAACCUCAACCUCGGCUUCCCUUCCCAGACGCCAUGCACUGUUUUUGGUAAUCUAUGCCCCCCGCAGAGGGAUCCUGGAGAUAUGGGCAAUGCAGCAUGGGCCUCGAGUUGGUGCCUUCACUGUUGGAAAGCACUGCAGGUUACUGUAUGCUGGCUACCGUCUACUAGGGGUGAACAGUGUGACCAGUCAGGGCUGGCAGCUCCACACCCAACAAGUGUGUUUGCUAGAUCCCAUCACAGGAGCACUGAGGACUGUGACUGUUCCCUUCCAUCUGGCCCUCAGUGACAAAAAAAGUGAAGGAGCUAAAGAUAUGCAUUUAUUAAAGAGACUAACAACAAUACUCAAGACUGCCGAGUUGGAACCUGAUAUUUUGGAGAAUGAAGCCAAAAGCGUGCUUCUGGAUAUCAAACAUUCCUCCAUUAAAAAAGAGGCUUUGGAGUCUCUGCUGUCCAGCAACAACAUUCCUGUCUUGUGUCUCACAAACAUCACACACGCUUUAUUCAGCGCUCUGCAGCAGCAAGACCCUCAACAAGUGGAUCCGGCUUUACUGCAGCAAUGCUCCUCCCAGCUGAAACUGCUUCAGCUCUACACUGACAUCCAAUCUGUGCACGCUGCUGCACACACUGAGUGCUGCCAGCCUAUUGAAUCCCUGGACGGUAUAGAAGGGGAAGUGACCCGUGUGAGUCUUGUUUUGCAACGCUACGCCAAGCUCACUUCCAAACCCAGCGUUUCCUUUGUCCAAGAUGCGCCAGAUGCACCCCUGUCUGUCCAGUCCUUCCUCUCCCAGAUGGAGUGCACCGAGGAUGGAGAGUUGAAGCUCAUCUGCCGCUCUGAAGCUGAAUGGAAUCAGUUAGGGAGUUUUGUUUUCUGGGGGAGCCUGUGUGGUAAAAGCCCCUCGCAUAAAAUCUGUGGCAGACUACAACAAGCUGGCAUCAGCCCACAGCAGCUACUGGGCCUGUUGCUGAGUGUGUGGUUACAAAGAGAGAAAGAUGUUCUUCAGAACACAGAAGAGAGUGUUAAAAACCUUCACACACUACUGAUCCUCCUCAGCAACAUGGAAGGUGCUAUAGAGGAGUCAUGGGACCCCCAGUCUGUCUCCCCCUGGUGGCAGCAGGCACGCAAUAUAUUGGUGCAGUCACACAACUCUGCAGCUGCUCUGCUGGCUGCCUUUGUUGCUCAACGUGCUGCCAAGGCCAACAUCACCAGCAGGGCAGACAUCAAGCUGCAGUCAGAGUGGGAAGCGGUGUCAUUGGAACUGGAACACUGGGUGGUGUGCGUUCGCCAGUUGGAAGAUGUAGCCGUGCUGCAGACGCUCCUUUUGCUACCUCCGGUUGGAUCAACAGGGGGUGCUGCAGCGCAGUGUUCCAUAAAAACGCUCAUGGAGGGAGGCACAGGAGGCAUCACCGACAACGUCUCCAAGUGGGUGUUUAGGCACAACCUGGCCCCUGAACAGCUGAAGGUAAUUCUUCAGAAGGGAGAAGAUAACAAUGUAGAUGUCGUAAUAGAAGAAGGGCCAAAAGAAAACGUAAACGAGGUGGAAACAAGUCAAGAGGACGCCGACAGAACAUCAGGGCUGUUGGGAGCAGUGUGCAAGCGCUUCCCUCACUCCCUCUCCCCCAACCUGCUUUUCGCCCACUGCUGCUGGGAAUAUGUGGUGCAAUGGAACAAAGAUCCAGAGGAAGGUUUACACUUAUGCCAGGCAGUGGAACAUCUGAAGCUGGUCUCCAGUCCACAUAUCCAACUAGGUAUUUGCACAAUGAUGUGGAGUACGUUUAUUGUUAAACGUUUCUCUGCAGCGGCCUUCCUCGUUGAAAAGGUGGGCAAAGCACCAAAGGAUCGUCUGUGUCGACGGGAUGUGGGAAUGGGAGACAGAGCUUUGACGUCCUUCCUGGGAUGUUGUGUCCAGCUGCUGCAGAUCCUAAUGGAGGUGGACUCCGCCAUAGCAGAAGUUCCUCCCCCCGAACUGUCUGUUGAGGAGGUGUGGUGCGGUGCCGAGGGCCCUGCCUCCAUAGCUGACCUGGCUCUGGAGCAAAAGGGUGUCCACUAUCCUUUGGUACAGCAUCAUUGUCUAUUAGCGUCCCUGCUCCAUGCCGCCAUGACCUUCAGUCUGAAGGUGAAACCUCUCAGCCUGUUUGACAGCAAGGGAAAGAAUGCUUUCUUCCGAGAUCUGACCACCAUUCAGCUGAUGCCAAGUGGAGUCAUGGACCCGGGACUGGUUUUAUUACGACAAGAGUUCCUUCUACGCGUGCUAACCUCGUGGGUACAGUGUGUAGACCAUCCGUCAAACUCCACCCCCGGCGACAGGCCUCCCUUGCUACCUACUUGUGACCCCAAAGCCAACUGGUGGCCCUCAGUGUGUCUGGAGUUGGGCAGCCUGCUACAGGUCAACCCUGACAUCCUGCGACGACACCUUGUCUGCCAGCUCUACAACCAGGGCUUGGACCCGCAGGCUGAAGAGGUGAUGUUAGAGGUUGAGGACAAGGAUGUGCUGGGGUCUCAGCUGCUGGUGAUUACAGGACAGAGGCUGAGCUACUCACUGCUGCACAGUCAGAACCAGACACAACCUGCGAUGGAGCUAUUGGCCAGAUUGCCUCCCACGCUCUGCACAUGGUUAAAGGCUAUGGACCCCACUGAGUUACGGUGCCCCCUGGUGCCUCUUCCACAGACUAGCAGACUAGUGGGGCACUUGAUUGAGAUGCUUCCUGAGAACCACGCCCAGUACAGCCUGGCACUACAUCUUUUGGAGGCGGUGGACGCCCUCACGACAGAGGACUGACCCUUAGGUUUAUUGAAGACAUCUGACUUUAUGAAGACUGCAUAAUUGCAUCGAGUAUGAGAGAAAGAAAGACUACAUUUCCCUUGUUUUGGUCAUGGAUCUUAUGUUCGAAUAAUGUUAUAAUAAUGUUCUAAUAAUGUUAAUAAAGCUUAACUGUUUCAGUUGGUUCUUAACCA